AUGAUUACUAUAUCUCUCGAAGACUACCUCAAAGACAAUGCAAUUCAAAUCAUUGGUGCUUUUGAUGGCUCUGUUGGUGGCACUCAUGUUGGCUCAGAUAUGGAGGUUAUGGUAGAUAUGGUGGUUAUGGCGGAUAUGGAGGUUACGGCGGUUAUGGCCGCGCAGUUCCGAUCGUUGUCUCUAUGGCUGAACCCAAUGCUGAGCCGUACGCACACUAUCAUCGACUCCGAAGCUCAGCCCUACCCUAUCUUAGCCUUAGAUAAAGAUGGGCUAAAACACUAUCUAUCAUCGGGAACUAAAGGGUUUGGGAAAUACUUUAUGGUCACCGGCCGCGGGACCCGAUAUAGAGGCUGCGCCGGUGGCCAUACAGUGCUUUCACAUCUCUGUCGCACACUUUCCGCCCGACAAUUGGUUAUGGUAGAUAUGGUGGUUAUGGCGGAUAUGGAGGUUAUGGUGGUUAUGGCCGUGGAUACGGGGGUUAUGGUGGAUUUUAUGGAUAAAAAUUAAACAUAUCACAUCCUGAUCACGGAUUCUUGGACUUAAUUAAUAAAUAUUUAUUUCUAAUAUUAGUUUUUAAUUUAUUAUUAUUUCAAAAUUGAUUAUUUAUUUUAUGUAUACAUUAAAUAAAUGUUAUUUAUUAUUUAAAAUUUUCAAAAAA